GUGGAGGUCAGUGUGAGUGUUCAGCAUGAACUUUAUCAUAUUUUUCUGCUAAUAUUUUGUCCCACCUGCAUGGCAUGUGGACAUAAAAGCGAGGUUACGGGCUUACCUGAUAUAUAUAAACGUUCGCGUGACGGCAGAUGUCUCACGUUUGUCACAAAAUGGGACGGGACGGCCUUUCUCUCCUCCGCCACAUUUCUUCCUUCACCUCUCCAAUCACUGCCUUCCCAGUCACCAAGCGGGGCUGCAGAGCGCGGGGCUACCAGAGCAUCGUCCUGAGCCACAGCUGCCAGCACAGGAGGGCUGUGAGCACGGCCGUCAGCCCGCACUUCCAGGAGCUGAACGGGCCGGAGCAGAGACUGCUGAACAAACUGUACGACGGGCUGAUCGGAGGGCAGCGAGCGUCUCUGGCUGAGUCCAUCACCCUGGUGGAGACGCAGCACCCCAGAAAGAAGGAGCUGGCCCAGGUGCUGCUGCAGAGGGUGCUGGCCUACAGGAGGGAGCAGGAGGGCCGAAACGGAGGGAAGCCCGUGGCCUUCAGAGUAGGCCUGUCCGGCCCCCCCGGAGCAGGAAAGUCCUCCUUCAUUGAGGUGGUGGGAAAGAUGCUGACCGGACGUGGACAUAAGUUGGCGGUCCUGGCUGUUGAUCCGUCCUCCUGCACUACAGGAGGGUCUCUGAUGGGUGAUAAGACUCGUAUGACUGAACUCUCGAGAGACAUGAGCGCUUUUAUCAGACCAUCACCGGCUUCAGGAACACUCGGUGGUGUCACCAGAACGACCAGUGAGGCCAUCGUCCUCUGUGAGGGGGCAGGAUACGACAUUGUGCUGGUGGAGACUGUAGGCGUGGGUCAGUCAGAGUUUGCAGUGGCAGACAUGGUCGACAUGUUUGUGCUGCUGAUCCCACCAGCAGGGGGCGAUGAACUCCAGGGGAUCAAGAGGGGCAUCAUUGAGCGAGCCGACUUGGUGGUGGUGACGAAGUCUGACGGUGACCUGGUGGUGCCGGCCAGGAGGAUCCAGGCCGAGUACACCAGCGCGCUGAAGCUGCUCCGCAAGAGAUCCAAGGCCUGGAAUCCAAAGGUGGUGCGCGCCUCCUCACACACCAACGAGGGCAUCCCGGAGGUCUGGGCUAAGAUCGAGUCGUACCGGGACGGCAUGUUGGCCAGCGGGGAGCUGCAGCGCCGGCGGCGGGCCCAGCAGAAGGUGUGGAUGUGGAACCUGAUCCAGGAGAACGUCCUCAGCCACUUCCAGAGUCACCCCGGGGUCAGAGAGGCUCUGCCCCGCCUGGAGGAGAGGGUCACCCAGGGGGUCGUCUCUCCAGGCCUGGCCGCUGACAUGCUCCUCAGAGCCUUCUCCUCGUCGUAGCGCACACCGAGACUGUUUGAGAUGAAACAUCUCCGCUGAUCUGAGCCUCUCGCUGCCAAAGAAAGCAGGACGGAGCGUCUGUGACCUUGACUCUUUGGUCUGCGCAAAAAAAGAAGCGGCCCGGCUCUUUUUACAGUUGAUUUAAAAUUUAAAGCAGAUAGAAGUCACACCUCUGCAGGAACUUCACUUCCUGAACACUUUAAUCCAAUCCGCGAGAGAGAGAGAGAGAGAGGGGGGGGGGCGUGCCGACGGCCGUCAGUUCUCCUCCACGCCUUCAAGACGCUCUCAGCUCCUGGCAGGAAUGAAACACUUCAUCUGCGGCCGGAGAGAUGAAAUGCUGCGUAUUAUGAAGCACAUUGUGAGACGGCUUUCAAGGAGGGGAGCAGGACGGACCCUCGUGAACUGUUUUAAUGAGAUUAGCAGAAGAGGACUGUAAAGGUCAUGUUGUGACAAUCGGAGAAUAGUUUGUACAAUAACCUUCACUUUUAUGAACGGGCUCAUUAAAGUGUGAGGUGGUGCCAUAAAUAUUGUACGGACGGGACGUAUGACCUGCGAUCAGCUCCCCCACCGUCUUUAUGGACAUGCAUGCUAUACACGACCCACAAACACAAGUAUUAGUGAAUAGGUCAGGUAUUUGGGGAGCUGGGUUUAAUACGCUCACUUGUCUGUGGAUGGAUGUUGUUCCAAUAACGAAUUUCUUCGAAAAGCAACAGGACAUUUUUCUGUUCACAAUUUUACGGUGAAGAAUGAUGUGGAUCUGAAGAAGAUAAGUGAAUAACAUUAAAUCUGUCAGUGCA